AUGUCCAAGGAUGACGACUACGACUACUUGUUCAAGGCCUGCCUGCCCGGGGGCCCUGCUAAGGCCGUGAGCACCCGAGCAGCCUGGUACACCCUUCGGCAGGUUGUCCUGAUCGGCGACUCCGGCGUUGGGAAGUCCAACCUUCUGUCCAGGUACGAUAUCUCGAAGCGAGUGACCUUCGAGAACUUAGAACGCUGGCUGCAGGAGCUGCGUGAUCAUGCCGAUCCGAACAUUGUCAUCAUGUUGGUGGGCAACAAGGGGGAUCUUCGCCACCUGCGGGCCGUUGGGCAGGACGAAGCUUUGUCCUUCGCCGAGAAGCAUGGCCUUGCUUGCAUUGAGACCUCCGCGCUGGAAGCCACGAACGUGGAGACCGCAUUCAUGAGGCUGCUCUCCGAAAUCUACACGUUGAUGAGCUCACGCCAGGUCACGGAUGGCGACUCUUUUCGCAACCAGCCGCACCAGAACGCCAUACAGGUCGAGUCGGUGCAGGCGGCUCAAGGUCGUUCUGGUGGUGGCGCCCUGGCGACUGUUGGGCUGCAACUUCUCAUGCAGAGCUCAGUGGCUCUGCCCCCAUGUUGA